CCGAAGAGUGGACUGAGGUUUACUGUAAAAAAAUCGGGCUGGCAGCAGGUGUGAUAAAUCUCACAGAAGAGCAGCCAUGGCUUGUAAGAGCUGCAAACAAGACACAUUAGCUCAAAUGAAUGAGCCAUCUGGAAAACAUACCCUUGAUAUCGCCAUUGUAGGGGACUCAGGUGUCGGCAAAUCAUCCCUGGUCAAUGCCCUGCGGAAUAUGGCAGACGAUGAUGCUGGGGCAGCUAUGGUCGAUGUGAUAAAACGUACUAUGGAACCAACAGGGUACUUAUACCCCCAAUAUCCAGAUGUAACCCUUUGGGAUCUACCAGGGAUUCAACCACCUCUGUUUCCGGCAGAGAGAUACAUAAAGGGUAUGGAUUUUAAAAAGUAUGAUUUCUUCAUCAUUGUUGGCGAAAGAAGAUUCACUGAUGAUGUCAUCAUGCUGGCCCGCGAAAUUCAGAAAAUGAACAAGGGUUUUUUCUAUGUGUGCACCAAAGUGGAUGUUAUUAUAUAUGCUGAAAGCAGGAAACCAAGCUUCAAUGAGGAGAAAACCCUUGCACAAAUAAGGAAAGAUUGCUGUGAACGUUUGACAAAGGCCGGGGAGUCACCUCCAAGGGUUUUUCUCAUCUCAAGGUGGGAUUCGAGCAUGUACGAUUUCCCCCUCCUGCAGAGGACCCUGCGAGACAAAUGUAUUGAUCUCAAGAGGCAUGCCUUAUUACCACCCCAGGACGCAGGAAGGAAGAUCCACAAUAAACCUGAUGAAUGUCCCGGAGGAGCAACUAUGGGUGCUAAGAGCUCCCAAUCAGACACAUCAGCUCAAAGAAAACACCCACCAGGCAGACGUAGCCUUGACGUUGCCAUCACUGGGGGGCCAGGUGUCGGCAAAUCAUCCCUGGUCAAUGCCCUGUGCAAUAUGGCAGACAAUGAGGUGGGUGCCGCCGUGGUUGAUAUGAUACAAGGUACUAGGGAACUCAAAGGGUACCUGUGCCCCAGCGACCCCGACGUAACUCUCUGGGAUCUGCCAGCAAUCGGAACACAGGAGUUUGCAGCAGAGAAAUACGUAAAAGACAUGGAUUUCAAAAAGUAUGAUUUCUUCAUCAUUGUUGGCGAAAUAGGCUUCACCGAGCACGAUGCCAUGUUGGCUCGUGAAAUUAGGAAAAGGAAGAAGAGGUUUCUCUAUGUGCGCACCAAAGUGGAUGUCAGUAUAGCUGACGAAAAAAGAAACCCACACUUCACGGAGGACAGAACCCUUAAGGAAAUAAGGAAAUACUACUGUGAAAAUCUGGCAAAGGCCGGGGAGUCUCCUCCAAGGGUCUUUCUUAUCUCAAAUUGGGAUUUGAGCAUGUAUGAUUUCCCCCUCCUGCAAAGGACCCUGCAAGAAGAAUUUACUGAUCUCAAGAGGCGUGCCUUAGUACUAAACCAGUUACUUGAUAGAUCAAGUGAUACAUCAAGAAGAGCCACGUGGCUUGCCAUCUUUAAUGCUGACUUGGAAAAUAUGAAGGCUGUUUUAAGACAAAGAAAUCUCCCAGAUGUGGUAGCUCAGAUUCGGCAAGAGUUAGAUUUGCUAGGCCAGGUGUCUGCAACCUGCGGCUCCGGAGCCGCAUGUGGCUCUUUUACACCUUUGCUGCGGCUCCGGAGCGGAUACGAGGGGAGGAGGCGUCCGAGCCAUGCGCUGCCUGAGCCAUGUGGCGGCGCCCGCCACGCCCGCCAGACACUCGCACGGUGCCCACCGCCGCUGUGCAAAAAGGACGCAAGGUGACGUUAGCAGCCCGGGGAGCGUGGUCGGCCCCCUCCCUGCAUCAGCCCCUCCCCGCCGCAUUUCUGCAGCCAAUAGGCUCAUGGGGGUGGGGGCGGAGUUAUUUAUUUUUUAAAACGGGCGCGCUUCUUCCCGCCCAGCAACAGAAAAGGCUUGCGGGCUCGGAGCGCCUGUUUGCUGCUGCUGCUCCUGCCUGCGGCCUGCCUGUGGCCUCCUGCCGGCCUGGUCAGGAGAUUGAGGUAGAUGUAUUAAUCAAUGGGUUCAUUCAAUAUGAGGAAAUUUUAUAAGUUCACUUGAUGGGAGCAACACACAUGAAACCAUACAGGUGUCCUAAUAAGGGAGUCAGAGUUUUGCCCAUUCCCAGUAAUCAAGGCAGCCCAAACUCAAAGUUAUUUUUAUAAUGACGAGGAUGACAUUGGGCCCUCAUUAUUAAUUAUUAUUUACAUCAGGCACUGAUUAUGAUUUAUGGUACACUGGGGCCCUGAUUAAUUUUCUAUGGCAUUUUGGGGCAUUGAUUAUUGGGCAUAGCAAAUUUUGCUAUGGGGCCCUCUGAUUUCUAAUUACGUCCCUGUUUUGCGGCUCCCAGUUUAUUUUUUUUCCUUCAGAAACGGGUCCAAGUGGCUCUUUUUGUCUUAAAGGUUGCAGACCCCUGUGCUAGG